UCCGACAUGGAAACGUCAACCCACCCGCAUAAUCGCGUUUGGAAUUUUUCGUGAUCUCACGGCAAACAAGUUGAAGCGGAGUACUGCAGAUAAAUUUUGUAAUUUUAAGUGAAUUUGCGUUCAGCAAUGGUGAUUUAAAAAGCAGCUCCUGUUUUAGUUCUAUUUGUGUAAUAUUGGACACAGAGUAUUGGUCGAACAGUUCGGGAAAUCGAUUGUAAUUUAAUUAACUAAUUAUGUAAGUUGCAAACAUUCUGUAGUUGGUGAAGAAGAGCAAACAAGCAGCAAGAUGCUUCCUCGGAUCUGUAUAAAGUUCCGGAUCAAAUAUGUGGCUUCGCUUAUCCUGGUGCUGCUGGUGCUGGAGUACUUUGGGGCGUUCACCCACAUGUUCGAAGCGGAUUUCGAAAAGACGUUCGCCUACCCAAUGGAGGGCGACAUCCUGUCCAAUGUGUACCAACUGAGACAUGGCCAGCGGCCAGCUGUGGAACCGAUCAACGGGUACAACUUUUCGUACAUUACGGAUUGUCAACACAAGUGCAAGGAGGACGACAGGAUGAUUGCAUCGCGGUUGGUGUUUGUGGUAAAAUCGGCCAUGGAGAACUUCGACCGGCGGGUGGCCAUCCGGAAGUCGUGGGGUUGGGAGAAGCGGUUCUCGGAUGUGAAAAUCCGGACGGUAUUUGUGCUGGGACGGCCGGCCACCGCAAAUCGUCGGUUGCAGUCCCUGAUUGAUUUGGAGUAUUCAAAUUAUCGGGACAUUGUCCAGGGGGAUUUUGUGGAUGCUUACUUCAACAAUACGAUCAAAACCAUGAUGGGAUUCCGGUGGGCGGUCAGUUACUGUCCACGUGCCAAGUUCUACAUGUUUGCAGACGACGAUUUCUACAUUUCGUCGAAGAAUUUGCUCAAGUAUGUGCGCAACCCGGUGAACUAUCCGGAGUAUCUGGAGGAAACAGAUGAGGCGCUGAGGAAGCUGGCCCGAAGGCUAAGCCAGACGACUAGCAAUAAUAAUGGAUCGGCUUCUGCAGAUGAGAUCCAAGAGCUCCAGAAGAAUUCAAGCCGCGCUCGUUCCAAACGGCAAAUCCUGAACAUGGAUAUGGAGCUGCCGCGGGACGUCAAACUGUUUUCCGGGUUUGUGUUCCGUUCGGCUCCUCACCGACAUCGGAGCAGCAAGUGGUACGUUUCGUUGGAGGAAUACCCUUGGGACAUGUGGCCAACGUAUGUGACGGCGGGGGCGUUUCUGCUAUCGCACGAAGCACUGUUCGAGAUGUACUACGUGAGCAUGUACACCAAGCAUUUCAGGUUUGACGACAUCUACUUAGGCAUCGUUGCCCUCAAGGCGGGAAUCGAGCCACUCCAUUCGGAGGAGUUCUACUUUCACAAGGCACCUUUCCUGGGUCCGCAAAGCUACAAAUACGUGCUGGCCACCCAUGGAUACGAUGAUCCUGAGGAAUUAGUUAAAACAUGGAACGAGGUGCGGGCGGCAGGAUAUGCCUAACUUCCGAGACGCGUCUUCUAGUCAUACUGCUGAGUAUUGCAGUCAUUUUCCGAGGCCAAAAGAGAAUUGAAACACCUGUCUGCCCCAAGAAAAGGGACGACAGAAUCAUCCCACUGAUAACAAACAGGUCAAAUGUAUAGACCAAACCCCAAAAGUAGGUUCUUUACAUACUUAACGUAAGCAUUUCAGUAGCAUCCAACGAAGGUAAUUGAAGAUCAAUUGAAAUAGGAUUAGAAUUAGUAGGAUUAGCGACAUCGAUUGAAUGACGUUAACCUUUUUUAGACAACGAGUACUCUCUUAGAAAACAACAGGAUAGAACUUAGAAAUUUAUUUCUUUUUAUAUAGGAGAGCAUUUCAACAGCAUUCAUACUUCGAUCGAAAGUCGGUUUUCAGACUUUUCUUAGACUGAUUGUGAUAAAACAAGGUUGCAUGUUGUAGAUGAAGCAUGGGAACAUACGCUAUGUCCAAAAGGGGGUUUUUAUGCAAUUUUCGCGUACAUCAGAUAUUCUUUCAUAGGAAGUUGCUCUUGAUCAUAAGAAACAAGCUAGUGAAAAUCGCAGAGAAAUCUACAUUUGAAGUUUUUUCAUAGUGGUCUGUAGAAGAUAUAAACUACCCGCAUAAAGUUUGGAAAGUUGCAUAAAAACCCCUUUUGCACAUAGCGAGGAACAUUUAUUUAUUUAACAUGAAUAAAACAUCGUUUUUGUAAUGUCGUAAUACAAUUAUUCUUUAUAAUAUAUUUAAUGUCAAAUGUUCAUCAUAUUGGUCAUCCCUAUUUUAAUUACCUAGAAUUUAAAAUUAAGUUCCUUGUUCAUCCAGAAUUCGAGAUGCAUUAACGGAAUUACAAAAAUACACACUCAAUUCAAAAUCUA